UGUCCAUUGCGGCUCUGCCUGAGAAAUUUCACCGCCGAGUAAAACGGCUUUUUAGAUCCAAGAUGGCCGCCUCAUCACUCCCAGUUUCCUUCAUGUAUCGCUAGUUUUACGCAAUACGAGCACCAGAACCUCAGCUGAAGGAAAUGUGUAUAUACUUUGAAAGUGGGACUAGAAUUUUGAGUUUGAAGCCGGUUGGCGACAGGCAAUGAGGUAGGAAAAGGUAGGUUGUGAGAGGAGACAUUGGCUUUGACGCAUGUGGACAGCGUGGACACUGCGGUGGUGGAUGCUGAAUGGCGGCAGGUGCAGCACAGACCACAGCACAGGAAAUCGUGUGAAUUCGUUACUAACGCGCUGGCUCGCUAAGAAGCUGCUGAAAGGAAUCGUGUACAACUCGCUGUGUUUUCAGCCACUGUGUACGUGUGCGUGCGUGUGUGAGUGAGUGCGCGUGCGUGUGCAAUGGGCAGCUGCGCGCUGCUUGCCAAUUAGGAAGCGAGUCAUAACGCACACGAAGGCGAAGUUAGUUAAAACGCUGCCGCACAGCCUACAGCUAGCUGUCCGUAAUGAAUAACAGUUCACAGCUGAUGGAGGAACCUAAAGCCGGGUAAAGCCGCAAUAUAAAACCUCCUGCUGCUGCUGUAGAAAAUGACUGCGAAAAGCAACGCGUUUUUAAAGCAAAGAUGAAGGAGAAGGAGCUUCGGGGAUGAAUAACGACGAAACGGAGAAAGAAAAGCAGAUUAUUUUGUUGCUUAUUUUGGACCUUACACGUUUUGAGUCCAAGGAGGAAUAUUAGAGCUGAACGAGAAACCUCAGGCGAGUGAAGGAGCUGGAGCGAGUUUGUCUGAGCAUCAGCAGAGAAACAGGCUUCAGUCAUGUGUUGUAGUGACAGCUAUAGGUCCUAGUGUAUUGAUGUGGUCAGUCUGCCACUGCAAUGCAUGAAGGUGGGACGUGGACGUUGAGAUGGUUGAAGAAAAGGCCAUGAGGUUGAGAAGAAGCGAGAAAAGAGCAGAUCUGGUUUGGUUCCAUUAAGACAUGCGCACAUCAAGCAAUUUUCAUUUUGCUCUGCGGUGGAAAGGUUCAACUUUUGUUACCCCCCCUCCUUUCCUCAGAGGAAUGGCUCAGCGAGAAAAUGUCUCCCAGCCUCUUCUCCACGCUAUGAGUCAUGAAGGCUCUGUGGCGAGGAAGCAUCUGCACCGCUGCGACAUUUGACAUUCAGCUCCAUGCUGGAGAAGGAAAGGAGACACCAGUAUGUGCUGGAGAUGCAGAUGAAAGCAAGACGGUUUCACUUUCUUCGUUGUCUUCUGCUACACCGAUCUGACAUGUUGGUAAGAUGCUGAAUCUUUGAACCACGGAGAGGAAAUAGAUUAAUCUGAGCAGAUGAUUUGUUCACAUUGUUGCAUGGUGGACCCUGUGAAAGCUUGAGAAUCUGCUGACUCAGACAUUCCCAUCCAUCCCAUUCUCUCCUAUGUUUGUGCAGAUUUGAAACUUGGAUCAAAAAAUGAUUCGACCACUUUGAUACAAAUUAUUCUUCCUGUCCUUAACGGAAGUCAACAGGAGAGUAAAAACAGUGUGUAUCUGUUCGAUUCCUGUCGAACAGCCAGUAUUUAGUUUGCUCUCUCUCCCCCCCCCACUAGCAUCACGUGGGGGGGAGAGCUGUCAUAUUUGGGGUGAUUGUAAUCCCACAGCUCCAUCUGUGCUUCAGCAGUGAACAGCUGUUCCAAGGUACAAGGUUCCUUAAGCAUGGACACGGGCCAGGGCAGCCCGGAGAGCCCCAACCGGGCUGUGGAGUACCUGUUGGAGCUCAACAACAUCAUCGAAAGCCAGCAGAAGUUGCUGGAGACACAGCGGCGACGCAUCGAGGAGCUGGAGGUGCAGCUGGACCGCCUCAACCAGGAGAACAAGGAUCUCCGACUGGACAGGCAGCCAUGUCCACCCCCACCACUGCCGCCACUAGGGGCCUCCAAUCAGACCCAUGGGCACUCUUCACAUGUGCAGAACUCAGCCACAGUGUACCCCAUCCAGAGCCACAACAACGUGCCAGGCCCUAAUGCCACAUCUGCCCCAGCCCCUCCUCCACCUCCUCCGCCCGUGCCUCCUCGAGACCGGCGUGUUGUCAAUGCACAUACGCGCCUCAGCCGUGGCCUGUCCACUGGGUCCAACCCAACAGAAAAUGAGAGGGACAGAGAAAGACACAGAGAGACCGUCAGCACCGGCACAGCCACCACUCUGCAGAGACAUCUCCCUCACCACCCCUCACCCUGCUGGAUGUGUAGGCCAGACGGAAACUUCAACAAACACAGUGUGGAAGGGGAUCCUCACUGUGGGGACACAGGCAGUUUCUCAGAGAGCUCCUGCAGUCAGGGCCCAUACCUGCCCAUUUCGGACCGAUACGGGAAGGUUACAGGAGAGCCUCUGGGCUCCCAGGGGCCUCCUGUGGCCCCUCCCAGCCCAGCAAGUCUGGCCUGGGCCCAGCGCACACGCCUUCAGCCUGCCAGCCUGGCUCUGCGUAAGCAGGAAGAAGAGGAGAACAAACGCUGCAAAGCACUCUCAGACAGCUAUGAGCUCUCCACAGACCUGCAGGAUAAGAAGGUGGAGAUGUUGGAGAAGAAAUAUGGUGGUUCAUUCCUGAGUAGACGAGCAGCACGCACCAUCCAGACCGCUUUCCGGCAGUACCGCAUGAAUAAGAACUUCCAGCGACUACGUAGCUCCGCCUCAGAAAACCGCAUGACACGGCGUAUUAUCCUUUCGAAUAUGCGCAUGCAGUACUCAUUUGACGAGCGUCCGCCACAGGUGCAGCCUCAAACUCCCCAACAACAGCAGCAGCUCUACCCUCCUCGUCAUCCUGCUUCCCUGGCAAUGGCCGGCCAGCAGAGUUCAGCUGACACAGAGCAGGAGACAGAAUCACCUUCACACUGUCCUUCUGACCGGGAGGAUUACUCGAACACAGACGAUUCCUUCACCAAACAAGUGAGAACUCUGUGUGAUGUGACAUCGCUGGCUGACUCAAUGGAUAACACUCUGACGUGUCAGUCUGAGCGUGGCGACUCCCAGGAGGGUGAUGGUGGAGGCGAAAGUGAGGAUUUCGGUGAGUGUAUUUGGAGUAGCAAGGUCCCAUCUCGGCGUAUAAUACCGACAAGUGAGCGAGAGCGGACAGCAGGGACACUCGGAGGCAUGCAUGAGGACAGCACAGCCACAUCAUACAGUGAUGUAACUCUCUACAUGGAAGAUGGCGUGCCUUCAUCACCGCUUUCCAUGGAACGUGCACCCAGCAGCACUGACACCGAGUACUGGGGGCUAGGCGGCACAACAGUAGGACGAGAGGACAGUCGAGAUGCCGAGGGUGGAGGCAGCAGCAACAGCCGGCGCAGCACACCGUGCACUGAGUGCCGUGACCAUCGGCUUCGUGGUGCCCACCUCCCUGUUCUGACUAUCGAGCCACCCAGUGACAGUUCUGUGGACAUGAGUGACCGUUCUGACCGAGGCUCCCUCAGCAGGCAGCUACUGUAUGAUCAGGAACCAGCAGGAGGUGGAGGCGGAGGAGGUGGAGGUUCACCACAGGGAACUCUCAAACACAAUCCAGCCCAGGGCCAGACUCGCCCUAUGGGUCGCCCAAUUCCCUCCCCGCUUCCUACACACAUACCUCCACACCAUGCAAUCCUGCUGCACCAGCAGCACCACCCACACCUCCAUCACCCGCUGCAGCAUCAUCACCACCAUCAUCCCCUGGCUCAUCUUCACCACCCCUAUCCAGACUCCUCUGUAUCAGCUACCCAACCCCCACUGACACCGCUCUCUUCCACCUCAUCAGCACCACUGCCCUCUGCUGGCCUGGAGCCAUCUGAUGGUGACAACGACUCUCUUAAUUCCACCACCAACUCCAAUGAGACAAUUAAUUGCAGCUCAGGCUCAUCCUCCAGGGACAGCUUGAGGGAACCUCUACCCGCACUUACUAAGCAGACCUACCAGAGAGAGAGCCGCCACAGCUGGGACUCACCCGCAUUUAACAACGAUGUGGUGCAGAGAAGGCAGUAUCGCAUUGGGCUCAACCUUUUUAACAAGAAGCCAGAAAAAGGUAUCCAGUACCUGAUAGAAAGAGGGUUCAUGUCUGACACCCCAGUUGGCAUUGCAAGAUUCAUCCUGGAGAGGAAAGGCUUGAGUCGUCAGAUGAUUGGGGAGUUCCUGGGUAACCGACAGAAGCAGUUCAACAAGGAUGUGCUAGAUUGUGUGCUGGAUGAAAUGGAUUUCUCUGGAAUGGAUCUGGAUGAUGCUCUCCGCAAGUUCCAGGCUCAGAUUAAGGUCCAAGGAGAAGCACAGAAAGUGGAGAGGCUGGUGGAAGCCUUCAGUCAGAGGUACUGUGUGUGUAACCCUGCGUUGGUGCGACAAUUUCAGAACCCUGACACCAUCUUUAUCCUGGCCUUUGCAAUCAUCCUUCUUAACACAGAUAUGUACAGCCCUAAUGUCAAACCAGAGAGGAAGAUGAAGCUGGAUGACUUUAUUAAGAACUUAAGAGGAGUAGAUAAUGGGCAGGACAUCCCAAGGGACCUGUUAGUUGGAAUCUACCAUCGUAUUCAAAAGUGGGAGUUGAGGACCAAUGAUGAUCAUGUGUCUCAAGUACAGGCAGUGGAGAGAGUGAUUGUGGGCAAAAAACCAGUGCUCUCUCUACCCCAUCGCAGACUGGUGUGUUGCUGCCAGCUUUAUGAAGUUCCUGAUCCUAACAGGCCACAGCGGAGUGGGGUUCAUCAGAGAGAAGUCUUUCUCUUUAAUGACUUAUUGGUGGUCACAAAGAUCUUCCAGAAGAAGAAGACUUCAGUGACUUAUAGUUUCAGACAGUCUUUUCCUCUAGUGGAGAUGCAGGUUCACAUGUUCCAAAACUCCUAUUAUCCACAUGGUAUUCGGUUAACUUCAGCCAUCCCAGGAGGGGAGCGUAAGGUCCUGAUUGUCUUCACAGCACCGAGUCAGCAAGAUCGGGCACGUUUUGUCAGUGACCUGAGAGAAAGCAUUGCUGAAGUGCAAGAUAUGGAAAAAUAUCGAGUAGAGUCGGAGCUGGAGAAGCAGAAAGGCGUUAUGCGGACUGGACUCAUGAGUGGAGAUGUGAGCAAUGCGGUGGAUGGAAUAAAGACUGAGGCAGUGAAUGGCACGCUGGGUAGGCCCAGCCUCGAUGACACAUAUGCCACAGCGGAUGGGCUUAAGCGCACAGCGCUCAGCUCGUCACUCAGAGAUCUCUCAGACACAGGAAAGCGGGGUCGCAGAAACAGUGUGGGCUCUUUGGACAGUACCAUUGAAGGAUCCAUCAUUAACAGCCCAAGGCCUCAUCAGCGUCUGCCUAUGGGGGGCGCUCUUCCCAGCUGCUAUGGGCUGGAAGACUACCGGCCUCACCGCCCCAUCCUGAGCCCCGGAAUAGGGGUGGGGGGUGGGCCGGGGCAGUUACACAACGCCGUAGGGAACGCUGGUGCAGGGGUGCUUCCCAACACUGGCGACCAAGGGUCCGGCGGCAGCUCCGGCUCCUUCCUAGGUUCUCUGUUUGGCAGCAAGCGUGCCAAACCCCCGGCCCCGCUUAUUCCCCCAGGGCCACCCUACCCUGCUCCCGUAGCCCCGCCUACUACCGGGGGCCCGCCUCCUCCCUCACCUUCCUCCCUCAGCCAGUCCGACCUUGGCGGGCCCUCCAAAAUCCAGGCACUGCACGCACAGUACUGCCACAACAAUAUCGGUCCGCCUCCACCUCCAUACCACCACCAUCAGCACCACCGUUACUAUGUACAGCUCUCGGCCGCUGGCCAUCCACACGUUGUGCAUCACACUCUGCAGCGCAGCUCACUUCCCCGCCGCACUUCACCCAUUCCCUUACACGCUCCUCUUCAGCAACAGCACUCCCAUCACGCCGUGCAUCAGCAUGGACGCCACUCCAGCAUGGGCUGCACCCCUCCCCCGUUGUCUCCUCACUCACCACAUUCACCUAUCAGCCCAUUCAGCUUCUUCCACACUCAUGCCCCACCGCCACAUCCCGCCAAGCUGCCACUGACUUUGUCUCACUCCCAACCUCACCCCCACUCUCACGGACACUCCCACGUUCUCUCUCAUACCCACAGUCACAGCGGCCAUAUCCACAGUCCUCAUCCACUACUUCAUCAUUCCGCCCAUCAACCUCACUUUGUAUUCGCCCCGCCUCCACAGGCCCCCUCCACCAUCACAGCACGUCACGUGCCACAGGCCCCCACACACUACCUGCCUCAGUAUCCGCCCCUGUCCUCCAUCCCUCCUCCUCCGCCGCACUCGCCUUUACCCCCUCCUACCUCCCCCCUCACCCCUCUUACACCGCUUACACCUCUCUCACCGCUGCCACAACAAAUGGUCAACCAGGGGCCCAGUGCAGGAAGCACAGGGGGCAGCGUCAGCACAAGCGGCAGCUGCAAGUCAAAGCCCAUCAGCCGCAUCAGUACAGUAGUGUGAGACGCAGCAGAGCUCGCAGGGCAAGAUUUCACCGGAGGAGGAGCCGAAGCCCACGCAAGCGGAAACACACUGUUGUCCGACUUUGCUAUUUCCACAUCCGCUUCCCACAUCUGUAGAGUGAGGGUGAUGGAGGGGAACCUAUAGCUGGGCUAAUAAAUGCAUGUGCCAUUUGCUGUCGUUUCAUGCUGGCACUCAUAACAACCAAAAUCAUUCAUCACUGCAAAUGGAGGAGGCUGAAAGAGACAAGUGUUUAAAGAAGAGCUGAUUCUGUUAUUCCUCAGAAGUGGAAAGUGAGCUAGAAGUGCAGCCUUGCCAAAGGUGGAAAUUGUGAGAGGUUGCUGCCAACUUAUAAUGCGAGAAACAAAAUCCCCAAAUUUUAAGGGAUCCAACUGUCAUGCUACAGAGGAGGUUAGGAUGUGAGCUCCACUAGCUAGCCUAAGGAGAGCGCAGAACACAAAAGACGCAUCAAGUUUUCAUGAACAACAGUAAAAAAAAAAAUGCAUGGACAUUAAAGCAACUGAAGUUUCAUGGAAAACCUGUUUGUUCCAUUUUAACGGUUAAUUUUUAUGUCAAAUGACAAUCAUUCCAGGUUGAAGCAAUUUUUUUUUGUUUAAUGUCUGUUUGUUUGUUUUUAAUAGAAUUGAGUGAUACAUUCCACGUUCCCUCCUAUGGACUAAAUUGCUGUCAAUGUUGGACAACAGCUUCACAGCUUUAAAAGACUCAGCCACACACUUUGAACCAUAACACAUCCUGUUUAUGUUAAAGGUAUUUUCUAAUAAAACAUUUUGUGGAAAGAGACCAUUAUAGGAGAGAGCCAUUCAGGAGGCAGCAUUCCAGUAUUUAAUUAUGUUUAUUCUGUAUUAAAAUUCAGAGUCUAAAAGAGAAGAUAUUUGAAUAUGGAACAUCAUACGUAAAUGGAAUUGUUCUGAAUUUCAAAUCUGCAAAACUUAGGCAUAGCCCACUAAUUUAAAAACCAAAAAAAGUCUUAAAUACUUAAAGAUACUUUAGUUGUUUCCAUUCAGCAUUCUUUUCUUUUCCUUUCUUUUCUUUUCUUUCUUUUCUUUUCUUUUCUUUCUUUUCUUUCUUUUUUUUUUGAUGAAAUGGACUUGUGUCUACAAGUAGGUGGAGAAUUUAAUAUUUUUAUUAUAUAAUUAUUGUUAUUACUAUAUAAUAUUUCAAUUAUAUUUAUUUUUUUCAGAAUGAAGUAAUUAAUUAAUUGUGAUUUAUAAGUGUCAAAAUUACUUGAUAAGUCUGGAUUGUCUAAUAAUUUCGGUUUAAUGACUUUUUUGUUCCUUUUAACACACUUUUGAGUCAGUACUCGAACAGGCUCAUAUGACUUGCUAAUUACUUGUAUUUGGCAACUUAUUGCAUAGCCUUAGUGCCUAAUGUGAGGUUUUAGGAUCAGUUGAUCCUAAAUGUGCAGCAACUGAAGUUCCCCCAAAAAAAGAGAGAAUAUAUUUACAGUGCUUGCAAGGCAAGUGCUGUAUUGUUAUUUAAUUUAAACCUUGAAGAAUUCAUUGUAUAAAUACUUAUUUUUUACUCAACGGUCAGUUGAACUGAAUUAUAAACAUUAAUAGAUAAAGACAUUCUCUCAAGCAUUGAUUGUACAGUACAAUUUACAAGAAUGAUAUGAUUCAAGUGUGUUUUUCGUUAUUAACAUUAUGAUGUCAAAUAUUACUGAUAUUAUCCUUGAUAUAUUGAUGUAACACUUACUACUAAUAUGGAUAUUGUUUCUGUGCUGGUUUGUUUUCUAUUAGCCUUUUUUCAAUCUAACACAGUGGUAUUUCUUGUGUACAAAUGGAACUUUUGAGAACUUAACUGGGCUACCUAUUUCAGGAACUUGUUUUGCUUGGGAAGAAUUCUGUAUUUUGCAACAAACCUAUUGCCAGAAGCCAUACACUUGUACUUAAGCCAGUCCCUAGUUUAAAGAAUGUGAAUUUUCAUCAAGUAACAUAUCUUUGCCCUCUUGUUUAUAUAUGAAAGCAUGCUAAUAUGAUUGGUGCCUCUGUGCACACCCGCUAGUACAUUUCGCACUUGGUUGUCAGUGCAUCUCUUUGUAUGCUGCUUUUACAUUACUGCAGAUAGUGUUUGCUUUAGGUGCAAAACAAAAGCUUUUAGUUUGUGCGCACAAUGACUCAAGGCCUACAAAUGCAGUGCCUUGUUAGCAGAUCAUCUCCUGUCUUCAGCACCCCAAUAUAUGCACACACACACUCACAUCAAACCCACACAGAAUAGUACACCUCCCCAAUCGUCUCUGACAUUCUGUCGCUAUACAUUUAUUUUCACAUAGGCCAUAUUCAGAGUUGAGUUAGUUUGAUGAGGUGUUAAUACAGAUAUUGAGCACAGCUGUAUUGAGAGGUUUUUUUGUUUUGUUUUGUUUUUUAUUAGAGUUGAUUAGAGUUUGCAGUUUAUGUUCUUGUGGUUAAACUGCAUUUUGGAUGCAACCAACCCCCAUGCUCUUUUAUGUUAUUAUAUUACAUUUGUCUAUUAUAUCAUUUCUUUGCCUUUAUCUUAAAGCACACGUGUUGUUUUUUUAAGAGCGUGACCUAGAUACAACUGUGGAACUUAACACUAAGCAUUAUUAAACAGGUUAUUUCAACUAAACUGAAAAAGCUGUUGAUUUUGAUUUUGGUAACUCUGAAUAUGGCUCUAGACGUUUUUGAAAUACAUUUAACCAACAAACCCACCUUCUGAUGAUUUUUAAUGUUUUAUUUUUUUAUGGUCUAUUACGUAUCACUAUGUGGAAUCUAACAUUAGAUUGUCCUCUAAUCUGGUUUAUGAUAGUUCGUUAUUAUAGGGCUGUUUAGCAAAGGACAUAUGUACAGCAAGCUAGGAUGUUGCAUCUAAAUUUUGAGCACAACUCUGAGCAUUGUCCCAUCACUCUUGAGCCUCCUAUGAGCUAGUUUGUAUCACUCUCGUGCUUGCAUUAAGUGUUAUGAGGCCAACAGGUUAAAAAACAAACGACAGAUGACUAACAGACUUAUUAAAGUAGUUAAUUCAGUAGUUUCGGAAAGCGUCUUUACUCCUGAUUGGAUAUGCUGAUGUCUUGCGCCAGUGUGCCAAUGUGUUGCAUGUUCUACUGCACUUAACUGAAUGACGCUGUAUAAAAACUUGAAUGUACAUAUAAGCUAUAAAUAUAAAUACUCUCUAUUUACUCUGGAAUGGGCUGUGUUAUAAUGUCUAUAACUGGCUGGGAGCAGGAAGAUGAACUAUUGUUUACACUUUAGGGACUGGGGAACAAAAUGUAACUGUAAAGUUGUACCAGUAUGUGUUUCAGAGCAGUAACUAUAUUUAAAGAGAUGACAUUGUAUGAAGUUUUAUUUGUAUAUAUGUACGACGUUUCCAUCACAACCUAAUUCAGAGAAAUUGUAUGUGAUUAUUUAUUGCUCUUAUUCUAUAAAAUAUGUUAUUGCUGUUGGAAAUUGAUCGUCUGUAUGGAUCAGUUACUCUGGUCAUUUUGUGUGUUUGUGUGUGUGUGUGUGUGUGUGUGUGUGUGUGUGUGUGUGUGUGUGUGUGUGUG